CAGGAAUGGAGGCCAAGAUACAGUACAAAGACAAGAAUGAACUUUUCAAAGCUCUUGCUGACUUGAAGGAGGAGCUGAUAUAUAUAGGGUUGAAGCGUCUUCGACAGCAGCUGAACGUUCGGCCCAACUCAAGUGACCCUAUUGAAAGUUUACAGGCCACAAAAUCGCUUGCUGUUGUGUAUGCAUAUGUUGAGGAGUUUUCAGAGUGUACUCAGCUUUUCAAGAUCUGGGAAUGGCAACAGCAACACGAUGUGCGCAAGAUUGAGGCUUCAAUUGUUGAAGUUUUCUCUAAACUUAUCCAUCAGUGUAACACAGCCCUCUAUCGUACAUACGCUAUUAAGAUAACAAGAUCGAUCCUACAAAAUCAGAGCCGUAUGACUGCAAUCUACAAAAAUCUCUCAUCGGGACGCCAAAACACUGUCCAAGCUACCCUACGACUAUUGACAGCCAUGAACCAUGUACAUCAUUCGACAACAAAAGAGCUUAAAGAUGGCUUUAACUUUGGCCUGAAAGCGCUGUCAAAGUUCAAGAAUCAGCGCCGUAAGGAAAGUGACGAAGCAAGUAAAACAGACACAAGGACAUUAUAUAUUCAAUUCCUUUUAGCUUUCUUUGUCCGAGGGGAUGUUACGGUAAAGAAGGAAAUUCUGGAAAUGCCAGAUUUGUUUCAAACAGCACUGAAGGACCUUCCGAAUGAUUCUUUCCAACUGGUCAAGCAGGUUCUCACUGUUCUUACAAAUAGUAUCGUCAUGGACAAUGAUAUAUCAAGGACGGUGAAAAUCAGUUUUUUCAAUACAUCUUUUCUUGUGAAUCUAUUGAAACUAUACAAUAGAACGGAAGUAGCCCCUGGCUCUGAUCAAACCGUAGCGCAAGUAAUUCACGAGUUUAUGAUGGCGCUCUGCACGACGCCUGGCGUCGGUAUCUGCUUCCGAGACACAGCUUGGUACCCGCCUAAUACUCUGAAGACAAGCACCAUUGAGAAAUCUGGUGAAGGAGCAAAGCAUGUUUUCAACAAAACUCUCUCACAACUUCUCACGCACCUUCGACCUACAGAGCAUAUCCUCCAGCAGAGACUUACCGUGUCUAUUUUGACAGCAUGCCCAGAGCUGGUCCGAUUGUUCUGGCAAAAGUCAAAUCUACAGUUGGAACCACGAUUGUCUGCAAGGUGGUUAGCCAACAUGACAUUGCUUCAUAAAAUCACGGAGAUCCCGGUGCCAAACUUGUACUUGCAACACACAGCACUCUUUGCUUCUCAUCCUCCUCCUCUCUCGAUCAUUAUCGAAAAUAUUCUUCCGACAACUGCCAACAGGACUAUACUCAGCAAAGGUUUGCAGCAUACCAGCAUGUUGGUUCGGUAUUUCACCAUGGUUCAACUUGCAGCUACUUUUCAGAAGAUGGAGCAAGUGAUCGCUGUUAUGGAGUCUGCAGUAAAGGCACUCUCGAGCGAUGCUGGAGAGACACUGACAUCGAACGGGCUGAUAGACAGGAAUGAUACAUCCAUGAAUAUUAAGCCCUCUGAAAAACCAGCACAGCAAUGGGCCGGAGCGAUCACGCUUCUUGUUGCUGAGCUUCGCCGACGCGUUCCAGAUAUCCAAAUCAUCAUCUCUCUCCAUAAUGGAAUUCAAUCAAUAUCACUCUCUGACGCAGAUGAGGAAGAGAAAACCCGACAUAAUCUUUUCAAUAAUGGGAUCCUGCGCCUCAUCAAAUAUUAUCAGCAGUUCCUUCCUCAAGCAGUCAACGAAUCCAAGUUUGAUAUUGGAAAAGUCAUUCCUUCAGACUUUUCUACAAUGAAAGCAGGGACAUUAAUUCAUUUGAUAGAGCUUUUAUUAACGCUAUAUGACUUCCGUUGGUCCAACAAGGCACAGGAUGGAUCUUCAUCUCAUCUUCUCAAAUUAAUUAAUCUCUUUCUCACGACGGCUCACUCCCAAAUCAAAUCGUUGACAAGGCGUCUUAUCUCUAAACUCCUUGGCGAAUCAAUAUUAUUCCAACACGACCCCUCGGAAGCCAUGAUAUGGAUUGAUUCCAUUCCUGCUUCCAACUACAGUGGACCUGAACUUGCUUCUGAUCAGAUAUUAUUCCUUCAGUUUUUUGAUGACUGUGUCGCCCGCUGCCUGAGGACACCUUACAAGUAUGUCGAUCGAUCUUUGGCGAUCCUUAAGGCCCUACGAGAGGAAUUAAGAACUGGUGAUGUUGAAAUCCAAGGAAACUUGGAAAAAAUCGCAUGGAGCCUUGCGGCGUCUCAACGUCAAGACUUCAACCAGUCGUUUAGUCCUUUAAUAAUGACUAUUAUAGAGCAGUUUCAACAUGCUUAUACUAAGGAUACCUCCAAGGCUGUUGCUCGCUCGAUUGCAGCAUUUCUUCAUAGACUAAUACCUGAAUUGGUUUUGUACCAAAACAGAACAUCGGCUCUUGCUCUCGAAACCCUUAAUAGGAUUCAGGAGCCUUCGACACAAGAGCUAGAAACGAUUCAAAAACUCAAAUUAGAGAAAAGAAGUGCAAUCAGGAGGCUUGGUGCGUUGGAAUAUCUCGCCAUAACUUUGGAGGUCCUUCAAGAGAGGCCUCUUUUAAAGUCUACCGGCAAAAAAGGGUUCCUUAAGGGUGACAACGCCUCUCUGGAUCAGCUAUUGGACCCAAAUGGCAUUUCAAAAUUUGUUUCAGAACUGCAGAAUCAGAGCGCUGGAGUGGUGGCUAUCAACUUCAAGCGUCUGAUUAAUUACGUUGGGGCUGAUGAAAGGCUCAUAGAAUGCUUGAUGGACUAUAUUCAAACAAGAUUCCCCUUUGCAGGGUCAAUCUAUGAUUUCCCAGAUAUUUCUUCAAUCAAAAACUUGAAUGAUUCAUACGAAGGGGAGCAGGAUAUCGUUUAUACAUUUUUAAGAAGGCUUCCAUUUAGAAUUCUCUUCAACAACGCAUCGGCAUCUAUGAUUUCGAAUAGAUUUGUAAAAAAGUUGUUAACACACAAUCUCAUGGAAGCGGAGGCUAGGCACUAUAGCCUUAUAUGUGGUCUCAUCAUUCGUCGCCUUUCAUCCUGGAUUCAAGUGGGAGAUGCUGAUGAGAGUGCUAUUCACACAUGCUUCUCAUUGCUAGACUGCCUGCUAGACAUCAGUAAAGCCACUGAGGAUGUAUACGUGCAAUUGAAAAGCUAUCUGUGGAACCAUUACAUUCUUCGUGAGCUAUAUCUCUAUCGCUUAUCAGACAAUCUGACUACAUAUGGGUGUAUGGACGUACUGGAUACACGAGUGGUUGAUCUUCUUGUUACAAGUAACAAGACAGAAACGAUCACUGCCAACAAUAAAACUGGUGCUAUAGAAUAUAACGCUUCCAGCUACUAUGUCCACAAGACCGUUGAACUUGUCACGCAUGAGCUCGAGAAUACGAAGAAAUUAGGCCCACAUGCUCUGAACUCGAAGACUGUCAGAUACUUCUCAAAACUCGCAUUCAUGUGCAGCACAUCCGACUUGAUGAUCCUUCUCCAGUUACUUCUCACGCUGCAUCAUCAGACUGUGUUCUCUACCACUGCCACCUUCAACGCGCUGCUCUCGACCAUUCUUGAGCACUUGACGCAACAAGCGGGAUCGGCCUGUGUAAUUCCAACACAAUCAACAGCUGCGCUCUUGAGGCUUUGGAGAGAGCAACCUUCCGAUGAUUUAGAUAGGAUUGUUUUGGAUGUGCUCUGCGGAUGCCUUUGGCCAAACGCCAUGGCAGCGACCCUUGGCUCUCAAGACUUAUCGGUCUCUGGUGUAUUCGACCGAGCGCUGAAUUCUUUAGAGAGACCUACAAUUCUGUCACUUGACAUAUCACUGGUUGAUUUCAUUCUGAACAAUCCAAACUUGAAGCGAUACACCAUCUUGGCCAUAUUGAUUACUACGUCGAGGGCUUUUCGUGAACAAUUUGUUCAGUCUAUCUUAAACCCGACCAGGCAUCUCACACAAUAUUCGGGGGAAGACCCUGGCUUUUUCAUGGUAGUGCAUGCGUAUAUGAAGAGGGUUUCACACUGUGUGAAUGGAUGUUACAAGUGGUCUUCUUCUAUAACUGAACAGGAUCGUCAUUCCAUGGAGACAUUAAGAUCAUUGUUGCUCCCUUUGCUCAUCCAGCGUAUCGCCAACUCUUCCUUCAACUCUCAGGAUACUCUAGUGGCGGCGGAAACGGCUGCAGUACUUAUUUCACUCACGACAAAAUCGAACAAGCACGAAAUUUCAUCUGUGUGGACACUUAUUGGGGAAAUCCCCCGCGUCGGACUUGAUAGUAUACUCAUUUUGAACUCUCUUCUCGAUAGUACGAAUGACCUUGAAGGCAAUCAAGAUCAGCUGGACAGACAGGAUAAAAUUGCCCGAUGGUUUGAAGAAGUUGCUAUUCAGCUGAUCAUGAUACUGGAUAAGAAUGGGGAUGUAGAAUGGUUAGAACCAGUCUGCGAUCGACUUUAUGAUGUUCUUGAGAAGCAUGUCAUGAUACGCAAGAUGACCAUCGAUCAAAAGAUUUUGUUCGAGCUAGUUUCAUUCGCUAUUGAGAAGGCAUUAGACAACGCAGAGCUUGUCCGAUUCGUUGCAUCCUUGGCUAAGCAUUAUUAUGCAGAGACUGUCCAGAGUUCAGUCUUACCACAAAUACUCCAGACCCUGUUCAAACAUCGACAGUUUUCUUCGCUUGUUAUGCCUACGGCCCCCACCACUAAGCAUAUUGUACCAGAGAAUGAAAAGGACCGGCUUGCAAUUAUUGAGUUAAUCUAUACCCUAACCAGUCUCGAGCCCAAAGCUUGUUGCAAGGCUGGGUUCCUCGUUACACUACUCUCUGCUUAUUCCGCAUCGACCACUGUUGCAGAUCAGCUUAUUCUCACCAUUCUUAGGAUCACAGAGACUCAAAUUUCUGGAUCGAUUUCAAAUCGAGCGCCACUCUGGGGCUCAGCUGCUGAAAACACGAAAGCUUCUACUGCUCUUUUUGGACAAGGCAUGAUCAACGAGAGUUUAGAUUUGAUCGAUCCUAGCGUAAUGAUGGUCUCAGUGAUUCACUUCCCUUUCGAUCGUGAAUUAGAGUGCACUGCUCCUAUGGUAACCAAGAGCGAUUACUGCAAAGAAAUCCUUAAACAAAGACAAGCACCCAUCUAUGAUCCUUGCUUUAUACUACCACUGUUUGGCACAUACAUGGCAUUUGGGAACCUACUGGAUUGUCGCCGUCUAAUUGAGAGGAAUGGGCUGGGCAUGAUCAUUGUUGCCCUGUCCUCAAUUGACAAGAACAUGCGUCUUGCAGCAUACUCUUUGUUGGACGAUUUCUAUACUAUCCUUUCAAAUACAACGAUUAGAGAGAAAAAUCAGCUUGUUCUACUACUGGAUGCUCUCAAGAACUCGAUUACCGUUCGCGAGGAUGAUAAGGUGCCUCGAAUUCCUGCCGCGAUUACAUCGUUUGUUGCGCACGCUGUAGCUAUAAUUUUAAGGCCUGAUCACUUUAUGUACCCACACGUCAACAAGUUUUGUCUACAGCGUCCCACGAUUGAUUUGGAGGAUAUCCCUAUGUUUUAUAGCUUAUUCAACUCUUCUUCAGAGCAUCAUCGGAAGGAGCGCGUUUGGAUGCUCCGACUUUUGGCUGCAUCAAUCAAGACCCCUGAAGAUUACAAAUUGUUCAAACGCCGCUAUGUUUUGGACUUGUUGGAAGCCUUUUUCAAUUCACAGUUGGGCGAGCCUUUGUCUAAGAAGAUUGUCAUCGAGAUCCUAUUUUACGCCUCGUCACUUCCAAAGGUCUCACUUCAGCUGAUCACUCAAAGUGCGUUUCUGAGCUGGAUUCAUACAUUAGCUGCUACUAACGCUAUGUCAAGUGAAAAUGAGUUCUCGCUGGUCCCUGCGAGGCUAUUACUCCGCGUCAUUCAGUCUUGUCCUAAAGAAAGUAUCCGUUGGAUGAAUGGUAUCUGGAAAAACCAAGUUGCCGGCAUUGUCACCACAAUGCUACGUCUCUUAUGUCUUGCAAAAGUGACAAGCGUUAAUCUGGCAUGGGCAUUGGCUUGCUUGGAGUCGAUCCUCAAUAUUUUUGCAUUUUUGGAAUCCGACAGCGACAUUGGUAAUCUCCUGGAGAUGACCAAGUGUAAAUUCAGGAACAACGGCUGCUUCUUUAACUCAUCGCAUGCGACGUUGUAUCUGCAUUUCUUGAUGGCCUGUGAGCAAGUCUUGACUGUGAGUGAGGAGCAACGCGCUGUUAAGGUCUCCUCAAGUCCAAUGUUUGUGGAACAUACCCCUAUGCGCACUGAUCCUUUGGAGAUGCUUUACAGAAUUGACCCAGCACCCAUUCAGAGCCAUGGUCGCGUCGUACAGCUAGGUUUCAGGUUAUUUGCUGAGAAUCCUGCUGUGACUAAUGAGCAAGAAAACAUUAUUCUCGCAAGAGCUCUCUGCUAUGGUAUCGAAGAGGCAAUCGAGAAGGCACGCCAUUUGGAGCCAAAAGAAGCUUAAUUGGUGCUCCAUUCUUUGAACCCGCAUUGCAUUGGGAUAGAGAGUGAUAUCACUUA